GUGCCUCUAGUUUUGCUACAACAAAUGCUUUUGGAAUUGACACGGCGAGGUCAAGAGCCCCUGAGUACCCUGCUACAGUUUGGCGUGACGUAUCUGGAGGACCAUGCAGCGGAAUUCAUCAUUCAGCAAGGUGGCUGGGGCACUGUCUUUAGUCUUGAGUCUGAGGAAGAAGAAUACCCUGGAAUCAUCGCAGAAGACAGUAAUGACAUUUAUAUCCUGCCCAGUGACAACUCCGGACAAGUCAGUCCCCCGGAGUCCCCAACGGUGACAACCUCUUGGCAGUCUGAGAGCCUACCUGUCUCACUGUCUGCUAGCCAGAGUUGGCACACAGAAAGCCUCCCAGUCUCCCUUGGGCCUGAGUCCUGGCAGCAGAUCGCCAUGGAUCCUGAGGAAGUGAAAAGCUUGGACAGCAGCGGGGCGGGGGAGAAGAGUGAGAACAACUCCUCUAACUCCGACAUUGUGCACGUGGAGAAGGAGGAGGUACCGGAGGAGGCGUUCCCGGGCGCCGCCGCCCCCUUGCUGCCACAGAUCGCCACCAAGGAAGCCACCGAAGUGAGGGUCGAGAAAGGCAGCCCCACUCCAUCAGUGUUUGUGGAGUUUGGCGAGGAGGAGCUGGAGGCGGCAGCCGCCAGACCUGCUGCCUUGGAGGGGGCGGAGCGGGCGGUCCAGCCGAGCGCGGAGGGGGCCGGGAGCAGGAAAGAGAGCCACACCGGGGAGGCCACUGCUGCCGGGGCAGCCAGGGGUGCCGUGGGCGCUGAGGGCAAGGCCGUACUGCUGUUUGGGGGGGCCGCUGCGGUAGCCAUCCUAGCGGUGGCCGUUGGAGUUGCAUUAGCUCUAAGGAAGAAGUAAGGGUUUCUUCAGGGGAGAAGACGGAAGGACCCUGCGGCUUUAGUUGUAUCCACUGGAACUCAGACCGCCAGCAGCUGGCUGGACCUUACACUGGGGAAUUGGGCUUUCUCUUGAGCAUGGCACUGGCUUGAGAUACUGUUCCCAUUGGCCUGCUUGUCAUCUCAGGGGCCUUGGCUCAGCUAGAUUUGGAAGGGUAAGAGUGAAGCUCCCAUCUAGAACAGGCCUGUCCACUUGGGCACCCUUGACCUUUCAGUAAUUCUCUGUAGGAGGCUGCCUUGUGCGUUAUGUAACGAUCGGCAACAGCCCUGGCUUCUUUGUACCCACUAGAUGCCAGUGGCACCCCACUCCCAGUGAGGGCAGCCAAAAAUGUCUCCUACAUUGCCAAAUGUCCCCCGUGGACAAAGUUACCCCCUGUUGAGGGCCAUUGCUUUAAGGGAUAGGGUUCAAUUAAGAGAAUUUGGGGGGCGGGGCGAGAAUCUGGGGGAGGAAGCCGCAGCUGGGGCCAGCCAGCUGUUCAUCCUGUUGCAGUUUCUCAGAACAGGUGAACUUGCUGUGUCUGCAGCUGUUUUUAUUCUGGUUCCCCAUUCUGUAGCGUGAGGUGCUCUCCCACAUUGCACCACCUCUCAGGUACUUCAGCACAGUGUGUCUCACCCUGUACCCCUUUCACACCCAACCCCCCGGAAGCUCUCCAUGGCUCCAUCUUUUAAAGAUGCUGCCUUUAGGAACCUUUUAAAAGAUAAAUACCCAGGCCAGGUUUGGUGGCACUGUCUGUAAUCCCAGCAUUUAGGAAGUAGAGGCAAAGAGAGUAUCACGAGUUCAAAGCUAGCCUAGUGUACAUACUGAGUUUGAGACCAGCCAGGACUGCAUGGUGAAACCUUGUCUGUCCCAAGAAGAGAUAAAUAUGUUAAAGCCGUGGGGACUUAGGGUCCUCCAGUCUGAUUGCCAGUACAGGUUUCAGGCUGCAGUCAUUGUUCUUAGAGGCAGGAAGGUGGUCUACACAACCCGUCAAGGUCUGUUUGACCUCUUCCUGGUGUAGCUAGCUUACCCCAGGUGCCCAUGACUUAGCAGUGAGACCUCUGAUGACAUGUACUUCAUCUAGAACCCUGGGUUAGUGUGUUUCCCAGUACCUGACCUUGGUCGAUGGGACAUCAUCAGCUUCUCUGUGGGUCCCCUACCAUGUAGGAAGCAGGUCAGCCUUUGACUUACAGAACAAGUUGGAUCAUAACCCUUAUUCAGUGUAAAUCAUUGAAAGAAAUGAUAAAACCUUAUCAUGUAAUAUUAGGUAUCACUUAAUGAAAGUGGGACAGAAACUUGAAGUUUAGACUGAGACUGCUGCUCAGGAGUUGGUUUGUUGGUCUUCAGAGUCCAAGGAGACUCCUUGGACUGAACGCUUGUCAACCCGAUGCCAGGGUGACAGACCAGGAGGACCCCAUGCACUCACUCCUUGGCUAGUGGGACUCAGUGAGAUCUCCCAUCAUUCGGCUGACCCCACCCUCAGGGAGGGCUGGGCCCGCCCCCGCCCCCCCCAUAUCUUCGGGCCAAGUGCCACCUGCAAGGCAUAUGUGCUUGGUAAGAAGUCUUCUCAGAUUUAACUUAGUCACGGAACAUUACUUCUCAGAUCCUGAAAUUUAUAAUAAAAAUACUUUUAACUACUCUGAUCACCGA